AAAUUACGUCAUAUUGAAACAAUGACUUCGAGUGGCAUGUUGCGAUUUUUUUUACUAAUGACAAUAUUAAUGAUAAACGAUGUUAGUUUAGAAGAUGAACAACAAAUUUCAGAAACAAAUUUAACAUCUUUUGAUCCAAAUCUUUAUCCACCGGUUGAAGGCGACUUAAGAUUUGGCGGUUCUUCAGGAUUAUUUUUUCUCCAUUUAUUGAAACACAAACUUUAUAAAUUAAAACAAUUGGAAAAAAUUCAAACCACCACCACUGUUGGUCCACCUGGAUGUAUUUGUGUUCCCUACUAUCAGUGUGAUAUCAAUAAUAAUAUCAUUCUCACCGGAAUGUUGGGACCUCUCGAUGUUCGAUCUCGUCAAUGUACUGGAAAUUUUGAAGUUUGUUGUUAUUUGAGAAUUGUGUCAACCACAACUACAUCAACGCCACCGCCGACAAUGACUCCGGCACCAACACCAGCUCCAACGCCGGCACCAACACCAGCGCCAACUCCGGCACCAACGCCAGCGCCAACACCGGCACCAACACCAGCGCCAACUCCUGCACCAACUCCUGCACCAACACCAGCGCCAACUCCGGCACCAACUCCCAGACCAACUCCGAGACCAACGCCACCGCCAACAAUGACUCCAAGACCAACUCGUCCACCAACGGUACAACCAACAUUUUUCCCACCCAAUUAUUGCCUCUGCGUUUAUACAUUUCAAUGUGUAAACGGUUAUAUUGUUGGCAAUCCAAUAACCACUUAUCCCGGUACAAAUCCAUUAAAUCCAUUGAAUCCAAGACAAAAUCAAGUUUGCCUUUUACCUAAUCAAAUUUGCUGUAAAGUUUUUCCCUAUCCAAAUAUACCAACAGGCGCAGCACCUCGUCCUUCUCCAAUUGCAACUAUACGUCUACCAUCAUUGGAUCCACGACCAAAUACACUUGCCAUGAAUUCACCAACUCUACCCACUUGGCCUCAAGUUCAAAGUCAAAUUUCAUCUGAACAAAUGAAUUUUAUGCCAGGACAAACGUGCAUUUGCAUUCCGAAUAUACAAUGCAAUAUUCUUGGUUAUAUUGCAAUAAGUGGCACUGGUAGUUUUAAUCCACUGUUCAGUACGGGUACAUUGGUUCCAGUUGGAAGUUUUUGUCCAAAUCUUCAUGAAACAUGUUGCAAAGUUAUUUUCACACAAUCAAAACCACAAUUACUCUCUGCUGAUAAUAUGCAAAUUAAUAAUCAGGAUGGUAUUCUAUUUUCUGGAACACAGGAUGCAUGUAAAUGUGUUCAAUCAUCGAUUUGUCCUGGGGAAAAUGUUGUCUAUCAAGAAGGAUACGAGGGAAUUGAUGCUGGUUUUGCAUUAUGUAAAAAUGAAGGUGAAGUUUGUUGCAGAAUCAUUGGUGCAUCAACUAUCGCUACUGCUACUGUAGCAGGAAAUAGUGUAUUUUUUGAUAGUCAAUGUGGAUUUUCGACUAAUAUUUUUGCACCAGAGGAACCUUUUCCAGUAACUUCCGGAAGAACAUAUUUUGCAGAAUUUCCAUGGAUGGUGGCCAUUUUACUUCGAUAUUUUGGACGAGAUGAUGCAUUUCUUUGUGGAGGAUCGAUGAUUAAUUCUAAAAUUGUACUCACCGCCGGACACUGCAUUCAAAAUCGGAGUGUUAGCAAUUUAAUCGCUCGUUUUGGAGAGUGGGAUACAAAGACAAUUGAAGAGCCAUUGCCUUUUCAAGAGAUUGAAAUAGAGACAGUGAUUAUACAUCCAGAUUUUUUUAACGCUGCAUUAUAUCAUGAUGUGGCAAUAUUACUUUUGAAAAAGGCCGUUACUUAUUCGAUUAACGUAAUGCCAAUAUGUUUAGCAUUUCAAGAACAAGAAUUUAGUUCUGGAACAAGAUGUUAUGCUACCGGAUGGGGUCGUAGUGCAUUUGGUUCUGAUGGCGAGUAUCAAUCGGUUUUGAGAAAAAUUGAUUUGCCAUUAAUUGAUAAUGAGGAAUGUCAAAAUCGUUUGCGAAAAACGAGAUUGGGAGAAUAUUUUAUACUUCAUGGAAGUUUUAUUUGUGCUGGAGGAGAAGGUAGUCGAGAUACUUGCAGAGGAGAUGGAGGAGGUCCUUUGGUUUGUCCAAUGACCACGGGACAAUAUGUACAGGUUGGAAUUGUAUCCUGGGGUAUAGGAUGUGGUACACGAAAUCCUGCAGUUUAUGCAAGUGUCGCUAAACAUAAAUUAUGGAUCGAUGAACAAAUUGCUAAUUACGGAGUAUAAAUUUUAAUAAUUAAUUUAUUUGCAAUUAAGUGAGUUGAAUCUAGUCCGCAAUAAUUUUUAUAAUAAUUUAUUUAAGAAAACGUUUUUAUUUUUACGUAUUCGAUUUAUAAUUAUAUAUUUAUAAUAAUGCGUCAAUAAGUAAUGAAACUUAAAUUCGAUUUUCUGCGAAAUUACGAAGAAUAUUUAUAAUAAAUUAAUUGUACGCUAUUAAUUUUGAAGGAUAAAGGAAAUACAAAUAAUAUUAUACUAUAACGAUUAAACUUGUUUCAGAUAAGUGUUUAUAAUGUUUAAUAAUAUAUGCAAAAUUUCAGUCGACUACCUUGACCUGCUCUUAAUAAGUUCGGGAUUUUACUUAUAUUUGCAGAUUAAUUUACAAUUUUUAAAUUAAUUUUUUUUAAUAUUAAAUAAAAAUUUGUGGGAAAAAAUUCUUUUUUUUCUAUCUUAUCUUCUUGUCACAUUUUCUUUUUCUUUUUUAGCUUUUCUCGAUUAUGAAUCACAUUUUAUAAUUUAACGAAAAAAAAAGUAACCGUUCCGGAAA